GGCCGCGCAGCAGGCGAUCGGACACGUCAUGCUGCCGUACACCUGCAUGAGGUAUCUGUCGUUGCCGCUGCUGGCGUGUCAGCCCCAGGUGCGGCAGCGGGUGCUGCAGCUCGUGCUGUGCAGCGCCGGCUGCCCAGGCACGGCGGCAGCAGCAGACGGCACGGGGCGCCGCCGCCGGCCGCCGCCGCCCUCCGCCGUACUGCAGCUGAGCACCAUGCAGGCAAUCCAGGCUGCGCUGCUGCCCGGAUUCACCAGCAAGUUCUUCGGCACUCUCAGCCCCACCGGACAGCCCUCCCUGGUGCCGCCGGCGCGACCCGCGUCCCCGCCUGACGCACCGGACCCCCCCAUCCUCCCUCCCUCCAGCGGCAGAGGCGGCCCCAACACAGCCGGUGAAUGCGACUGCAGCGGUGUCAGGGGCAGGGAGGGGGAGAACGACUGCAGCGGUGUCAGGGGCGCGGAGGGGGAGAACGGCGGCCCUGUGCGGCCCGGCGGUGCGGGGUCCCCGUGUAGCCGGGGGUGCGGCGGUGCGCAGUGGCUGCGGGUGGGCGAGGUGUGCAGCUUGCGGCUGCAGGUGUACAGCAACCUGCCCUCACCCGUCACCCUCACCGACCUGCAGCUGGUGCUCGGCAACCUGCAGCCGCCCCACCCCGCACCACCUCCACACGCGCCACAGCAGCCCCAACCUCAGCAGCCCCAGCAGCAGGCUGCGAUGCAGCCGUACCCCUCCCUCCGCCCCUCGCAGGGGCUGCCCAGCGCUCCGCAGGCCGCCCUGCCGCCCGCGCAGCCGCCCAUGCAGCCGCAGACCUCCGGGUCGGUCCUCAGCUGCGCGCCCUCCCUGGGCCACAUGUCGGCGGCCCCGCUGCCCCAGCACCCGCCCCUUGCAGGCAACCCGGGGACAGGCCCGCCGUCGCUGUCGUCUCUGCAGCUGCAGCCACAGCAGUACCCGCAGCAGCAGCCACAGCAGCACCGGCAGCAGCCGCCCCCGCGCCACCACAUGCAGGCCUCCUUCUCGCACGUGCAGGCGCAGCUCCAGCUGGCCCAGCAGCAGCAGCCCCUGCAGGGCCCGCCAGCGCAGGCGCCCAGCUGGCCCCAGCAGCCCCAGCACCAGCGGAACGCCUCGGGCGGCGACACGGCGGCUCCCUCUGGCGGCUCCUCCGCGCAGCCCUCCCUGCAGCCCUCCGCCGCCUGGCGGCCCACCCCCGGACAUGGGAGUACCGCCUCCCUAGGGCGGCAUGCAGGGGGCGGCUCCUCAGAUGGCUACGCCGGCUCGCAGCAUGGGCAGGAAAGCUGGUCGCAGCCACCGCCUCCGAUACCUCAACAGCAUCAACCGCAGCAGUACAGCAGCUACUACUACUCCACACAGCACCAGCACCCCCAGCAGCAGCACUACGUCCCCAGCGGGCCGCCCACGCUGUACACCGUGCCCUCCACCUCCUCCUCCAUCGCCACCUCCAUCGCUCCCCAGCCCCCCGGUUCCCCUUCCAUGCACGGCGCUGGCCCCACCUCCGUCUCAGCGGGCGGCUUCUCCCGGCUGUCGGGCGCCGCUCAGGCGCAUCGGGCCCUCGCAGCCGCCGGGGGGCUCUCCUCCCUCGGAGGGGGGCUGGGCGGCAGCACGGCGGGCGGCAGCAACCCCAACCUCUCCUCCACGGCGGCUGCAGCGGCUGCCGCUGCUGCCAUGGCGGCUGCGGGAGGGGGAGGCGGAGGCGGGGGCAGCUGCGGGAACCUGCUGGAGGCCUCGGGGCUGGGGCGGCGGGCGCCCUCCUGGCCGGAGUCCCUCUCCGGAGCCUCCCUCCCGCAAGGCAACCUCCACCCCGGCGCCCCAACCCCGGUCUCCAACUCCGGCUCAGGCGUGUUCGGCUCCUCGCCCUUCGCAAACGGAGGGGGCGGCUCCGCCUCCGCUGCCGCGCUGGCCGGUCGUACGGGCGGCGGCGGCGGCGGUGCUGACGUCAGCUGCGGCGGCGGCGGCCCGCUGAGCCCGGGCAGCGCUCGGGCGGGGGCCGGCGGGGGGGCCGGGUGGGCCCCGGGGGAGGACCUGGCGUGCCACCACCUGGUGGGGUUGCUGCAUGUGCAGGACCCUGCCCCCGGGAGCAGCCGGCACAGCAGCAAGCGAACCCCGCAGCGGCCCCCACCCGCCGGAGCUGAUGAAGGGGGUGGCGGCAAGGGCGCAGCGUGUACGACACCGCUCUCCUCAGCGUCAGGGGAGUGCAGUACGACAGACCCCCGGUGUGUCGUACUGCACCCCGGCCUGACCAUCCUCACCUUCCGCGUCGCACCCACCCGACCCGGGCUGUACUUUGUACGGCACUUGUCAGCCUCGCUGGGCUCGUACGACCUCCGGAUCCCCUUGGUGCCGUACCAGCAGCUCUCAGCGGAUGUACGAACGCUGUCCGGUGGCGGCGGCUGCUGGGGAGGUGGUGG